AUGGAACCUGUAAAAGUAUUUUACAAUAAAAAGGAGUAUUUAGAAACACAUACAGGCAACAAAGUUUGCAGGAAAUCCUUGAUAAGAGGAAGCCAUAACAUUCACUUGAACGGAAAAUGCAUUAUUUCUCCUGGAGUUGUAAUAAGAGGCGAUUUAGCACCCGUAAAGAUUGGAAAAUAUACGAUUUUUAAAGAAGAUGUAGUUUUGAGACCAUCUUAUAAGAGAGCUAAAGGAAAAUUAAAAUAUAUUACUAUGCAGAUAGGAGAACAUGUACUUAUUGAAGAAGGCAGCAUUGUGUGCGCUAGUAAAAUCGGCAACAAUGUCCACGUUGGGAAAAAUUGUAUCAUAUCUCAUAGAUGUGUCCUUAGAGAUAACUGCAAAAUUGAAGAUGGGGCCAUUCUCAGCCCUGACACUGAAGUGCCGUCAUUCACAAUUUAUGGAGGAAAACCAGCAACUUAUCUUGCAGAUAUGCCUGAUAGCACUGUGUUUAUGCAUACAGAACUAACCCAAGGAUAUUAUAAUAGAUUUCUCCCAUUAGCUUAA